UACAAGUCUCUUGUUUUGUCAGUGCUGUAAAAAAUUGUCAUAAUAAAACGAGUUUCCUAGCGUAUGCUACAGUAGGAUACUGUGAGGCAUGCACAACUAAGAUAGUAUAACCGGCUGCUUUUUAAAUUAUUCCGCCACAAGCGGAACUGCCUGUUAAAUUCUGAUCACUACAUGCUGCAUGUAGUGUAUGCAUUGGUUCGCAUCCUUUGUGGUUUGCUGGAUGUGCUUUCGACAGGAACCGAAGCAUCUCGCAUUGGUACGUACGCGUACAUCAUCAUCAUGGGUUAUCCUGGGGUCUUGCGUGCAACUGCACUUUUGUGGUUGUAUUUGGAUCUGACAAUCCAGCAGCUUCCGGAAGGUUCGCAUGCAAAUUACUGGAAAUCACGCAUCUCACCGGAAAUUCUGGAAAAGUAUUUAGGUCAGAAUACAACGGUCGGAUACAGCAGUCAGCACUACGAAGGUGACAUUGAUGGGAUUGAUCCAGAAGCAACGAAUUCGAGGGAGAAAACCUUCGCUAACUUCAUCAACAAAGACGAAAACGUCUGGCCAGACGGUAUCGUUCCUUACUUCGUCAGUCCCAUUUUUAAUUCCAAAGAGCGAGUUAGGAUUCGCAGAGCUCUGCGGAUGAUGUCGGAUUCCACAUCACAAUGCGUGACAUUCGUGGAGCGUACCGACCAAGAGGACUACAUUAAAUUCGUGCGCGGCAUGAAGUGUAUAUCGUAUAUUGGAAAACAGGGAAAAGAACAAAUUAUUCAGUAUCUGCCGGAAUGCGUCCGGGAAUACGGAGACAUCCAGCACGAGGUCAUGCAUGCCCUGGGUUUCUAUCACGAGAUGAGUCGCAGUGACCGCGAUGCCUACAUCACCAUCAACUACGACAAUGUAGCCGUCGGAGACACCGCAAACUUCAAUAAUUCCGAAGGUAACACUUUCGGUCUCCCCUACGAUUACACAUCGAUAAUGCAUUAUCCCUUCAACGCCUUUGCAAAGAAUCCAAACCUUCCGACAAUUAUUCCCAAAGCUAGCGGUGGACAACCGCAGUGUAUGGGCCAACGCCAUGGUUUAAGCGCAUUGGACAUCAUCAAAAUAAAGAUAGCUUACAAGUGUAUGGACCAGGCGGAUGUGGCGACAAUGGACUGGAAGAAAUAUAUGGAAACGCACCCGGUUUGCGCAACACCUGUCUUAAAACAGAACGAGGAACUGGAGUUUAACACAAGCGUAGUCUCUCCUUCCGGCGAGUACAUACUCGUUUUUCAGCCCGAUAACAACGUGGUUCUUUAUCGCAAAUGCGACAAUGCGGUCAUCUUUGCUACCGAUACUUUUGGACUAGCAAGCUUCCCCGUGCAAGUGAUCUUAGACAAAGAAGGUCAGCUAAAGGUGCGCGACGCCGAGUCUGGUAGAAACUUAUGGACAGCAUGGUCGGGAGGGAAAGGCAAGGACAAAGCGUACCCAGCAUCCAAAUUGUACCUGUCAGAUUCAGGUUAUCUGUACCUGUGCAGUAACAAAGCGGGUUGCUAUUGGCGCUCCAUUGGGUACCAUGUUAGAAGCUGCAAUGGGAAUCCGGAUUUCUUUCCUUCUGAAUCGUAUCAACACAAAGUCAUUGUUUCUGCUGGGCAGAACGUAAAGGAGAAUCGGGCUUACUAUUCGCCGGACAGACGAUUCUACGUGCGCUUCGCCGCUUCCAAGUUCUUUCUUCGGAGGAAAUGCGAUCACCGUCUUGGCUUCCAGGUUCCGACACUUACGGAGCCGAAUGAGAGCGGGCCGGUAGCUGGCCCGAUUCUUCGACUGACCUUAGGAUACGAUGGAAAACUGGCCAUGUACGAUGAAGAUGGUGAUCCGGUAUGGAGCACAACGGCAGCAGGCGACCAGUACCGAAAUGCCCAGUUGCGGUUGUAUGAUGAUGGCUUUCUGUAUUUAUGCUCCGAUGCUGGAUGUUACUGGCAGUCUAGUGGAUUCCUUGAUAACUACUGGAAGUCGUACAUCUCACCAGAAAUUCUGGACAAAUACAUAGGAAGGGAUUCCAAUUCAUUGGGCUUUAGUGACAAACUAUUUGAAGGAGACAUAGCGGGGAUUGAUAAGGAUGGUGGAUUGUCUGAUUCAUUCAUUGGGCGAGAUGCUUACGGGCCGCAACCGCAACCGAUCGAACUGGCGCCGGCAUGUGUCGUCGAAAUAGGCGACGUGCAACACGAGGUCAUGCACGCUUUGGGUUUCUUCCACGAAAUGAGUCGAUCGGACCGCGAUGAUUACGUUACCAUCAACUUUCAGAACGUGCAAGAAAAUUCCAAGAGCAAUUUUGAGUUUAAGUCCGGCAACACCUUCAAGCUACCUUACGAUUAUUCGUCAGUCAUGCACUACCCGAUAACUGCUUUUGCGAAAAACACCAGCAUCCCUACCAUAAUACCCAAGAAGAAAUGCCGGGGUAAACAGUGCAGCGCACAGUGCAUCGCUCAAAGAAAGAAUCUCAGCCCACUGGAUGCCAUCAAAAUCAAAAUCGCCUACGGCUGCAUGAAGCAAUCCGAAUUUGACGCAACCAAUUGGCUGCAGCAUAUGCAAGAUAAUCCAAUGUGUUCACAAGCCGUCCUAAAGAGCGGAUAUCAGAUGAACCCCGGCGGCAACUUUUAUUCUCCAUCAUCAUCAUUCCGAUUGAGUUUUCAGUCCGACCGCAAUCUGGUACUGUACCGCCAAUGCGAUGAAGCGGUAGCAUUCGCAACGGAUACUUAUACCGUGCCCAAUGUUACCGCGAUUCUGUACGAUGACGGACAUUUCGUAGUCAAGAACGCCAAAGGCGAUUCACUAUGGUCGACGGAAACCUGGGGAUACGGAGAUUCACAGCUGCUCUUGUCGGAUUCGGGAUACUUUUACUUGUGCAAUCAAGCCGUAGGAUGUUAUUGGCGGUCCGUUAGUUUUCACAAUCCAAACUGCAACGAAACUUCGGAUUAUCACCCAGCUGAGAUAUAUCCGUACCAAGUUGUUCUUAAAGCGGGAGAAGACUUGGACUUAGAUUCUGAAAGCUACUCUCCGAACGGCAGAUUUCGUUUAGAAGUAUACAAAGCGAAACAGUUAGUCGUGUGGCGCGAAUGUGACUAUCGGCAAAGUUUUAAAGCGUCAACUGCAAGGAAUAUCGCACGGGUCGCCAUGCAGAGCGACGGUAAUUUAGUCAUUUAUGACCAGGACAAAAAAUCCAUGUGGAGCUCCAGGACCUGGCGAGGCAACUACAUCGAUCCGGAACUGCGGUUGUACGAUAAUGGAUUUCUGUAUUUGUGUGAUUAUAAUGGCUGCUACUGGCAGUCCAGUGGUUUUCUGGAUACAUGCAGCUUGAAACGUCGUCAGAUGUCAAACAUCUGAAUGGUUUAGCUAGCUUGACUUAGAACUGUCUGAAUCCUUUAUGUUUCUGCAGCUGCUUCGUUGUUGGCAGUGA